CAGGAAAUACAGGGGAAAAUACAGUGCAAACUCACCGCGUGCCCCAGAGACGCAUCAGAUCAUGAGGAUCCGAUGGGGUCAAGACGUCAUGACACGCAUUCCGAUGAUGGCAGCGACAACGGUGAUCAAUGCUGAUCACCUCAGGGAUGGAGGAGGGGAACUUUCCAUUCCCGGAAUUUUAUCUAUAUUCCAAGACACUUGUGGUGAUUGUUGUUCCCAUUCUCGUGGAAUUUACAAUGGAUCAAUUGACGCCCAAGACAAUUUAAUUACCGAGUUUGCCAUUCUAUGAGACUUGGGAGUAAUUCAGAAGGGCAACCUGAUUGCCCUUGUUUUUGCAUGGGAGGGGCUGUG